AACCCACACAUGCGCAAUCAACUGGGCUUCUCCCACCUUAUUCUUUUUUUUUUCCUUCUAGAACAUGAAUUGAGUAUCCUUCCUCGUGAAUUACGAUCUAGUGCGGAAUCCGAGCGCGCUGGGAACCGAGGCGGCCCAUGCCCCUUUAUCUUUCUUCGUGUAGAUGCAAAAGAUGAAAAUGUUUUACUUACAUCGUUCAUCUUGGGCGUGUAAACUUUAUGCGACCACAAAUGACCUUCAUAUCAUUUACGGAUAGUUAAAUUUGCCUUCAAGCGCAGAGGGAUCGUUAUUCACAGCAAACUGAUUGUUGUUAAGUGCGUUCUCUGUCUGUGUUUCCUUCUGGAUUAUUUGUAAUAUAUAUUAUCUAGCGUGAACGACCCUUUUGCAAUCCAGAACCAACGAUGAAACCGUUACUAGGAAAUGACUCCAAAAUCACGGUACUAGCAAUCUUUGAUAUUGAUACUGCGUGAUUAGAAAGUGAAUGAAGACGAUAGAAGAACAGCUUUCACAGACAACGAUUAUCUGCAAGUUCCCAAGGGUAACACCAAGUAGUGGAUUGACACAACAAUUGGAAUUCAUUUAAAAAGUGAUCACUCAGUUUAAUUUCAACUUCAAGCAUGGACACCUGAGAAAUUCCUUCAUCCCGUGUGCAUCUUUAUCGUAAUGUAAUAUGCAAAGUCAAUAUGGCGCGCAAGAUGGACGUUUGUUAACAGACGUUGACCUCUAGACGUAUCAAAACUUACUUGCUUACUUGCGUUGCCAGUAGCCACAUAAUAUACUUGCCAUCCUGGCUGCAUACUUCACAGACUGCAAUGGAGGACUACAUAAAUACCACUUUCUUCACAGCAGAUAACUCCACGAACAACACGGACUCUGAAGAUUCCUACAGUGAAACGGCGUUACAUGUGGCCGUCGGUGUGGUGUUCUCUUUAAUAACAAUAUGUGGUUUUGUCGGCAACGUUUUGGUGCUUGUAGUCGUCGCUGUCAACCAACAAAUGCGGAAUACCACCAAUAUUUUGAUAAUGAACUUAGCGGUGGCUGACUUAUCUUUUAUCAUUCUCUGUGUCCCUUUCACCGCACUUUCAUAUAUCUAUAGCUAUUGGCCAUUUGGGAAACUUUUCUGCAGUUUAAUGUAUUAUGUGGUUCAUGUCACUGCGUGGGCCAGUGUAUGGACACUCGUACUUAUGUCUCUUGACCGCUACCUGGCUGUAGUUCACGCCGUGAAGUCUAUGACCAUUCGGACCCAAAAGAACACCAUCAUAGCCAUCGCGAUUCUGUGGGCCAUUAUUCUAGCUGUGAACAUACCGUCAUUUCUUCAGUACAACUUGAAAUACUACGAGUACGAGGGAGAAGAAAGGGCAAGAUGCGCGGAUUGGACACUUCAGCUGUCUCCAAACGUUCCUACAGAAACAGAGGCUUUUUACUGGUGCUUCUUUAUAUUUGCCUACGCAGUUCCUCUGCUUAUUGUGUGCACGCUUUACUUUCUCAUGCUCCGCCGCUUGCUAUGCGGUCGCUCCGUGGGGACUCGGUCUGCGGAAUCCACCCGUGCCAAGAAGAAGGUGACCAGGAUGGUGGUGGUCGUGGUGGUCAUCUUCGCUCUGUGCUGGCUGCCGAUCCAGAUUUUAUUCCUGGUACGGCUGAAGUCGGUUCCCGAAGGGAGCAACUUUACCUUGCAAUUAGUGUUUCUAGUUUGGCAGAUCAUCGGGAUAUGCCUGGCCUACAUGAAUAGUUGCGUUAAUCCAAUUCUCUACGCAUUUUUCUCACAGAACUUCCGAAAAGCAUUCGCUAAAAUCAUCUGUUGUGGACGAGCGCCCGUGUCUCUCAGAGUGGAAUUUGAACGGACAAGUUUUCAUCGCAAUGACUUAAAUGACGAGGCGAGACAACAACUUAACAUUGAUUGCCAGAAAGACAAUGGGACCUGUACAAAUGGCAGGACCUAUGUGACCGGCGUUGAAGACGAGGGACUGUAGUAAGCAUCAGUUCAGAUAAUGUUCAAGAAUUGAACUUUCAGAAAAUGGCCAUUACUCUUUGAACCGUGAGAAGUAAGUGUCCUUGUGUGUUAACCUAUAACGGUUGCAAUAGUCGUAAGAGACGAGAUGUUUUCAUUUUGAAAGAAAGUAACUGCUCAUCAUACGCGCCAAAAGGUGUAUGGAUUCCAUUCAGUGGAAAGAAAGUGCAAUCAGCCUUCUCUUGAUCAGCAUUACGAAAACUGUUAUCUGCAAGGAGAGGUAAAUUUUAUGAAAAACAUUUUACGUGGUGCUACGUAAUGAAGUGAAAUGUUACCUCAUGGAGUGCCGGAGACACACUUUUGUGAAUAAACCCAACUUGAAAUAAACUUUAAACGUAUCAUGCGUGUGCAGGGCGAGAAGCUAAUUCUGUGUGGGUGAAUAGGCCCUACAUUAAACGUAACAAUCCAUCUGUGUGACUGUGCAACGCGCAGUAACUAUAACAAGAUGGAAUAUAUGCGUUCCUAUUCACCGACUGCCUCAGUCAGGCAGGCAUUUUCUUUGUUUGUUUGUACGUGAUUAGGAAUAUUAACUGUUUGGAUGAGGUACUUCACCAUGAUAAUAUACAUGAUUAUAUGUGUCUGAAUAUAUGGGCAUAGUGGAACUGGAAUUGCUACAGAUUACGCAAACAGUCACCUUCCACAUAGCCAAACAGACAAGUAAGAGUUGCCAGGGACAAUGGGACUUUAAAAAAGAUUUUAAAGUAUGUUUGCCCAGACGUUAUGAGUGAUGUGUACUACAUGUCGUCUCUGAGAAGUGUAGAUGAUCGAGGACGUAGACUUUUAUUUUUUCCUCAUUGAAACUAAUAAUUAUACAUGUAUUCACCGGUGGACACAAGUAGGUUUUUUGUUCUCUCCAUUUAGUUAUUCAAAACACAGCUUCCAAAAACGUUCACUUUGGCCAAUGGGAAGAUUCAGCAUGGAUUUUAGUAAUCUUUUUUAUUUAAAGUAAACCUAAUACUGGUCCUACAGUAGUCAACAACUGAAUUGAUUUUGUUUACUUUUUUGGAUACAUUGGGAUGUGGUUCCAAAAAAAAUUGCUAAUCAACUCAGAUAUUACGAGAUAGAUAGGCAAUAGGAUAGAGAGUAGUUAAUGCUGAACCUGGACCAUUCAGUUCUUCAAGAUGCAUGUCAUUAAAAACAUGAAUUGUCGUCAGAAAAUAGAUACUUUUUAUGUGUAAAUGAGUUUAGGCAGAACAAACCUGUC